AUGGCAGUGCGAGAACGCAUCGCGCAAGUAGUCGUGGCGUGCGACCCUUCAGAAUUUUGCCCCGUCGAAGAGGAGACAACCACAUAUGCUCGCAGGACAGUGUCCCUGUUAUCAAACGUGCUACAGGCAGAAUCGCCAAACUGCCAGGGUGCUAAGGAUUUGUGCGCCCAGCUAUUGGAAAUUGUACUACUCGUUGCUAUGAGACCCCCAGUACCGGGAGAAGCAGACAACACCGAAUACGAAAACUACGUAGAAGAGGUGUAUAGUGUGAUCCCUAUAGUUGCAAGGAUACUGAAAACCGAUGAACUUUUCGAGACCGUGAAGAAACUCACAAUUGACAACAGCACACUCGCAGCGUCGCUCCAUGGUCUUGAGGCCUGCUUCAGGGCACUAGGAGCAGUGCAGAUGAGCCAGGGAUGGUUCCAGAGUCUCCAAGCUGUGGCUAGUAACGAGAUGAGCAUGGCUGCAUCGGAAGUAAACAGGCUUGUCGCCAAACUGUGCGCGCUGGUCAGAAAUAUCAAGAUGAAGAAUGUACUACAGGCAUUUGUACAGGAAGGAAUCACACCCCUAUUGUGCAAGCUGCUAGAGCAGUAUAGGCAUGAACCUAACACAGUAGAGGAAAUUUGCAGAUGCCUGAAACACUCAGCUAGAAGCAUCGGAGAGGAGUUUGCCGUUUGUGUGAGUCAGGUGGUCGUUACAGUGGGUAACGUCGCAAAGGAACGUAUGUGGAGCACUUACCUUUAUCUUGUCGAGUGGCUAUACACGUUGUUCUCACCUGCACAGCAGAAACAGGCUGAGGUUAUGCAGCUCUAUUUCGUACUCACUGAAAUCACGCUGAACGUACUGGCAAACAAAGGUCAAACACAGCUGCACGAAGAUCCAGAACAGAUCAUCGAAGAUUUUUUCGGCCUACAAACCAGAUUUAUCAAAAGGUCGCCAGAGUGUUUUGACAACGAAGUAGCCUUCCGUGACAUUGUUGGCGCCAGUGUCAUGUGUUUCAACAUGCGCCAGCCUCAUUGCGUUUUCGACUUCUGGGUCACGCUUUUGGAGUCGGAAGUACUCCUGUCCAGGUAUCGACAUGUUGCUAACGAGUACCUGCCGAGAUGCGUAGAGGAAAUAUUUGCAGUCCUUGCCACGGGAUGCCGCACCUCGAUGAAUUUCUUGUCUGCGUGCGACUGUACAGUUCAUAUUAAUGAGACUAAGGCGUCACUCCGGGGUCCUCGCCGGAACACGCGACGCCAGUCAUACGUUCGUUUGACCACGGAGAUGCUGCGGCAGACGGCACUGCAGAGCAGUGCGGUAACUCCCGAAACCAUGUGGUACGGAACCCUUCAACUGUCCGUUGUACUCACGUCCAUCAGGCCAGGUUAUGCGGCCGUCAACGAAUUCUUCGCCAUUGUAAUGACCGCAAAUGCGGCGACCCGAAGGGCUCCGGUAUUCAUGCAAAAUGUACUCCUCCUCGUUGAUACUCUCGUCGAGACGUACGGUAAAGUCGUUAGUACCCUCACUACCGCCGUAAAGGCUUACGGCACCGUCUCCGUUAGAUGCAUCCACAUCAUGGCGCUGCGCCCGGAAGUAUCAAUCCACAGUGUAUCGAAUGGACGCCGAGUGGAGGCCACAGUGAUGCCAAAGGUUUUCUCGGCACCACUGAGGUCCGACCUCGUGAGGAUAGUCCACACCAACAUGUCCAAAAACAAGCGCCAGGCAUAUGCCGUUAGCAAGAUGUCUGGAUACCAGACUUCAGCCAGGAGUUGGGGUACCGGUCGUGCUAUGGCACGUGUACCACGUGUAAAGGGUGGUGGUACUCACCGUGCUGGACAGGCCGCUUACGCUAACUUCUGUCGUGCCGGUGGCAUGUACGCACCUACCAGAGUAUGGAGGAGGUGGCACCGCAAGGUCAACCUAAAGGAAAAGAGACAAGCACUUGCAUCAGCUGUAGCAGCUACUGGUGUUGUGCCUGUCGUCAUGUCCAGGGGCCACCGCAUUGAGGGUAUCCGCGAGGUCCCAAUGGUAGUCGAUGACUCUAUCGAGCAACUCACCAAGACUAAGGAUGCAUUCAAACUCCUGGAGACUCUUGGUCUUGGAGCUGAACUCAAAAGGGUUGACAAGGUCGCCAGACAUGGCAGAGACGGUCGCAAGAAGAGACCCGUUGGUCCCCUCAUCAUCCUCAGAGCCUCAGCUGUUGAGGGAAGAAGGGCUUUCAGAAACAUCCCCGGUGUUGAAGUCGCAGCUGUUGAGAGACUCAAUUUGCUUAAACUGGCGCCUGCAGGGAAAAUCGGAAGGCUCUGCGUUUGGAGCAAAUCCGCCUUCGAGGCUGUCGACAAUUACAUCAAGGUGAUGCCAACGAAGAUGCUGAAGAAUGCUGACCUCAGCGCACUAGUCAACUCAACACCCGUGCAGGUGGCCCUCAGGGCGCCAUUGAUGGCGCGCCGUAGAAUGGCUCUCAAACGCGGAUGCUCGAAGAGUGUGCUUAAGUUCGUGCAGAAAACGCUGCUAGAGGAGGGAAUUGUGGGUCCUAAGGCCAAGGUUAAGAAGACAAAGGAGGAAAUCAAACGUUGCAAGGCGAACUCAAAAGCAUUUAUCAGGAAAAUCAGGGAAGCAAUAUCCACCAAGCCCCUCACUAUUAAUGAGGAAGCAUGA